AUGUAAUAAGAUAAUAAUUAAAGAGAAUUUAAAAUACUAAUAGGAUUUACAGGUUCAGUAGCUUCAAUUAAAGCUGAACAAUUGAUUAAUGAUAUUUAAAAGAAAUUCAAAGAAUUUAAUUAUACAAUAAAGAUAAGAAUUAUUACAACACAAAAUGCAUAAAAAUUUAUGAAUCCUUAAAUUGAAAAUAUAGAACAUUUUUCAGAUGAGGAUGAAUUUAAAACAUGGAAAUAAAGAAAUGAUCCAGUAUUACAUAUUGAAUUAAGAAAAUGGGCAGAUUGCUUAUUGAUUGCUCCUUUAUCAGCCAAUACAAUGGCUAAGAUUUCUAAUGGUUUAUGUGAUAAUUUAUUAACAAAUGUUGCUAGAGCAUGGGAUUAUAAGAAACCUAUGAUUUUAGCUCCUGCAAUGAAUACUAUGAUGUAUGAAAAUCCAAUUACUUUUAAACAAAUUAAUAAACUAUAAAAGAUGGGUGCUUUUAUAAUAGAUUCAAUUAGUAAAACCUUGAUUUGUGGUGAUAUUGGUAAGGGAGCAAUGGAAGAGACAAAUAAUAUAUCAUGUAUUGUCUAUCAACGAUUAGUCUCUAAAACUUGAAUUUAUUAUUUAUAAUUAUAUGCAAUAAUGUAUUAUUUAGAAUGAUUUUGAUGCUGAAGAUGUGAGUCCUUGGCAAGAGAUGAAUUUAUCCCCUUAAUCUAUUCUUUAUAAAUAGAAUCAAUAAUAUAGAAGCUCAACAAUUUAUUCUGGCAAGGAUGAAAAGUAAAAAAUAAACAAUACAAAGACCAGUUAUUCUAAAUUAACUAAACAUACAGCAACAACUACAACUACAGAAUUUCCUAUUAGAUGUUUAAGAAACAGAGUUAGGAGUAUAGAUUAGACUUAGAAAUAGUUUUUGAAAGCAACUCCUGUAAAAUAAUAUUGUGACUUUAAACUGUCAAAAGAGUUAUUGAUGUAUAGAAAUACUGCUGAUUUUCCUAAACAAACUUUGCCUCGUAAUUUCUUAUCAUUCUAAAGAUUAAAGAAAUCCUAUAGUAGAAAAUAAACUGUUCAUUCUCAAGAACUAAAUCCACAAUUAUUAUAGCUUUAGAUGCAAAUGAAAAAAAUGGAAGAAUAAGUAUAAUAAUAAAAGAAAUCUUCAUGGGAAAUUGGUGCUCGUAGACUUUCUAAUCCCAAAUUCUAAACAUUUUUAAGUACUUAAGUUUGA